GCAGGGCUGGGUAGAAGCAGCCUGGGGCCCCUGGGCCCAUCCACUCAUUUGGCCUGUGGGAUCAAAACCUUGAGCACCACUGGUGUGGACUGUAAAGAUGCAUAAUGUCUAUGAUGCUGUUGAAGAAGCAUUAUUCUGGAUUAGAAGAAGCUGUGUUUAGGAACAUUCAGGCAUGUAAGGAGCUUGCCCAAACCACCCGUACAGCUUAUGGACCAAAUGGAAUGAACAAAAUGGUGAUCAAUCAUCUGGAGAAACUUUUUGUUACAAAUGAUGCUGCAACGAUCUUAAGAGAGCUGGAGGUCCAACAUCCUGCUGCCAGAAUGAUUGUAAUGGCUUCCCAUAUGCAAGAGCAAGAAGUCGGAGAUGGAACAAAUUUUGUCCUCGUUUUUGCUGGGGCCCUUCUUGAGCUAGCUGAAGACCUUCUGAGGAUGGGAUUAUCAGUUUCGGAGGUGAUAGAAGGCUAUGAAAAGGCCUGCAAGAAAGCCCUAGAAAUUCUUCCUGAUCUAGUAUGCUGUUCUGCAAAAAAUCUUCGAGAUGUUGAAGAAGUAUCAUCUUUGCUGCACACCUCAGUAAUGAGCAAGCAAUAUGGCAAUGAAGUCUUCCUGGCCAACCUUAUUGCUCAAGCAUGUGUGUCUAUUCUUCCUGAUUCUGGUCAUUUCAAUGUUGACAGUAUCAGAGUGUGUAAAGUUUUGGGCUCUGGUAUCUCUGCCUCUUCAGUACUUCAUGGCAUGGUUUUUAAAAAGGAAACUGAGGGAGAUGUGACUUCUGUCAAAGAUGCUAAAAUAGCUGUUUAUUCCUGUCCUUUUGAUGGCACACUAACUGAAACCAAGGGCACUGUGUUGAUAAAGAAUGCUGAAGAACUGAUGAGUUUCAGCAAAGGAGAAGAAAAUCUAAUGGAGCUGCAAGUUAAGACCAUAGCUGAUGCUGGUGCAAAUGUAAUAGUAACAGGUGGCAAAGUGGCAGAUAUGGCACUUCAUUAUGCCAACAAAUACCAUCUGAUGUUAGUCAGGUUGAACUCAAAAUGGGAUCUCAGGAGACUGUGUAAAACUGUUGGUGCAGCUGCUCUUCCUAGACUGAUUCCACCUACGCCAGAAGAAAUGGGUCAUUGUGAUAGUGUUUAUUUGUCAGAGGUUGGGGAUACACAAGUUGUUGUGUUUAAGCAUGAAAAGGAAGAUGGCUCCAUAGCUACUAUACUUAUCCGUGGAUCUACAGACAAUUUAAUGGAUGAUGUAGAGAGAGCAGUAGAUGAUGGUGUUAAUACUUUCAAAGUACUUACUAGAGACAAGCGUCUUGUCCCCGGAGGUGGUGCAACAGAAAUUGAGUUGGCCAAGCAGAUUACAUCCUAUGGAGAGACCUGUCCUGGGCUAGAUCAGUAUGCUAUCAAGAAAUUUGCUGAGGCCUUUGAAGCCAUUCCCCGAUCACUGGCAGAAAAUUCUGGAGUAAAGGCUAAUGAAGUUAUCUCCAACCUGUAUGCAGUGCAUCAAGAAGGCAACAAAAAUGUUGGAUUUGAUAUUGAGGCUGAGGCUGCAGCUGUGAAGGAUAUGUUGGAAGCCGGUGUGUUAGACACGUACCUUGGAAAGCACUGGGCUAUCAAGCUGGCUACAAAUGCUGCAAUAACUGUGCUCAGAGUAGAUCAGAUUAUUAUGGCAAAACCAGCAGGUGGUCCAAAAGCCCCCAAACAAGGCCUUUGGGAUAAGGAUGACUGGAAAGAUGAAACUGCAGAAUAGUGUGCAGUAAGAUCAUCAUGGCAAAACCAGCUGGUGGACCCAAACCUCCAUCAGGAAAGAAAGAUUGGGAUGAAGACCAAAAUGAUUGAACAGUUUAACUGUACUUCCUAAAUAAAAUAGGGUUGUGUGUGUUUUGUAGUACUCCAGUUGGGGCAUGUUCUGAUGUCUUAUUCCUCACAUUAAGUUAUGAGACUGUCUAGUAAAAAGUGCAGAAUCUCUACCACUUCAAUAAAUGCACUUGCAGUAUAAAAUUUGUUAGACCAUUUAUUCCAUUAAAUAAUCUUUUAACCUUGUUUUCUCUUCAUAUUGCAAGAUAAACUGAUUUUGCUUUCUAAGUGUUAAUCUGACUUAAGUUAUUUAAAGCAUUUCUUUAUGUUCUGGUAGUGUGGGAGGGAUUUUG